AUGACGGCCAUCCUGGAGGUCCCGGAGAGGAAAAUGGCAGGGAAAGCGGCCGCUCCGAGCGGCCUGAAAUGGGGACGGGCUUCUCUCGUAAUCGUCUUCAUAAGUUUCGGUUUCCUUCUACAAAGUGCAAACUAUUCUCACGUCACAUCAUUCUUCAAUGUUUACGCACUCGAGAAGAAAGGACUUUCUUCGACCCAGUAUGGCAUCAUAAUGGGGUCCUACAAUUUCGUAAUGGUAUUCGUGUCGCCUCUGACGGCGAACAUCGUCGCUCGGAACUUGAUCGGGGACAAAAGCCUCAUGUUAUUCGCUUGGACUUUCGACGCGAUAUUCUGCCUGAUCAUGUCGUUCGUGUGUAAUUUUGGAGCGGGAACUCCAUUUUUCGUCGGAGCUCUAGCGAUCCGGAUUCUCGAGGCUUUCGGAGGGGCAAUGGGUUUCGUGAUGCCAUACGUAUUCACCGGGAUAGAACUAAACGAGAUCAAUCACAUUAUGAUCCCGGUACUGGAUACCAUUUACGGAUGGGCGGUCGUAGUAGGGCCAUCGUUGAGUGGAUAUCUAUUCGAUACCGGGGGCUUCUCCUUGCCAUUUUGGGUAUUGGGAGCAGCCUUGCUGUGUUGGACACUCUUGGCGGGGUGUUUCCUCCCUACACCAGUGAAAAAGGGAAACGAAGAGGAGCAGACAAGCGGAGGUGCGAGCCUAUGGAAUGUACUGGAAUUCCCUGUGAUCGUAGACGUGCUGUGCACGAUAAGUGUGUACAUACUGAUCACAUUCAAUGAGUCAACGCUCGCUCGGCACCUCAAUAAGAAUUUCGGCUACGACGCGACCCAGUCCGGAUUGUUGUUUUUCGCAGUGGGGGGUGUCUACGCUGCAAUGAGUUUGAUCUUCGGAUUCCUUUCGAAAAAAGUCCCUGAUCCCCGCCAUUUCGUGCUAUGCGGUCAAAUCGUAACCCUUGUCGCCCUAGUUCUACAGGGACCUCUGAUUCCAAUGGAACAAACGGAAACGACCCUCAUCAUAGCUCAAAUGCUCUUGGGUGCGGGAGCCGGUCCAGCGUUCGGUUGCUGUUACCUGCAUGCUUUGUGGCACCUCUCGGAUGGAGAUGAGAAAAAAUAAACGCACGCUGCUCUAGCGGCAAUUUUCGUUCCUGCCUUUGCGAUUGGGGGAUUUAUCGGGCCGAUCGCCAGCAACAUUGCCCUCGAAUAUUUCUCGUACGCUACGACGGUCGCUCUCUGCGCGGUACAGGGCGCGGCCGUAUCGAUCCUACUUCUGUGCACAAUUUGUUUUGGUGUCAAUAGAGCUGAAAGGAAAAGAUGA